AUGGCUAUCAUACCUCCUGUACGUCGUUCCGAACAGACCGGGAAACCUUUGUGCUGGCAGGGAGGUCGUCUACAAAGCAUUCUCUUACACGACAGUUUUUCUCAACCUGGACCAAAAAGUCGCGAUUCGCGAGUUUCUGCAGUGGUGGGUAGCGCAACUGUUAGAGCAAUAUCAGCUCGAUCGUCCCUUUCUGCUCCUGGCAUGCCUCGAACCUUUCCACGCUCCGUUAUGGGCUCAGCGCGUCGUCGGGGUCGUCCACCGAAACGUGUCUCGUUCAAUUACAGAUCAUCUGAACCUGAUGGCGGAAAUAAUGAUGCUUCAUCUGAAUUACCCUUAUCCAAUUUACUGGUUCGCGGUCAAAGUCGAAAAUCUGGUAUGUUUUACAUAGCGUAA